UAGUACAUACUUAUAAAAUGGAUAUUGGAAUUGUUAAAAUUGCCGAGGAUAAAGAUUUUGAGAAAUUGAAACGAUUAUAUGAUGAUAAUAAUGACUGGAGGUUGGAUUACAAUAAGCCUGAUUUGUCAGUUUGGACAAAAUGUGUACCAGGAAUUAGUUUCAGAAUGGUGAAAAUUAGAACUCGUUUUGCUGAUGUUUUACCUGAAACAUUGUAUGAUGUAUUACACGAUCCUGAAUAUAGAAAAGUUUGGGAUACCCAUAUGAUCGAAUCAAAAGACAUAGGUUUUUUUAAUCCAAAUAAUGAUAUUGGUUACUAUUCCAUGGCUUGUCCAUCUCCAUUAAAAAACAGAGAUUUUAUACUGCAAAGAUCUUGGCUUGAUACUGGUAUAGAACAACUAAUUCUGAAUCAUUCUGUUUUCCACAAAGAUUAUCCACCAAGAAAACAGUAUGUGAGAGCAACAUCUUAUCUUACAGGAUACAUUGUAAGACCGUCACGAAAUGGGGAUGGUUCUGAGCUGGGAUACGUAUCUCAUACUGAUCCACAUGGGAAACUACCAGUUUGGCUAGUCAAUAAAGUUACACAAAUAUUUGCACCAAAGAUGGUUAAAAAGUUGCAUAAAGCUUCUGUGGCCUAUCCUACUUGGAAGUUAUUAAAUAAUCCAAACUGUAAACCAUGGCAUUUCCCUGAACAAAUUUCUGCACCACGAAUACGAAUUGAAGAUUGUGUAAAGUCUACAGAAGAAAGAAAUUCGAAGAAUCAUUAUGUUGAUGAAUCAGAGUUAAAGGAGUCUGCUGUAAUGGAUAGCGAUUAAUUCUUUUUCUGUAAGAAGAUACAUGUUUGUAUAAUUAGGAUUUGAGGUCUAAACUAUUAACUGCAGUAUUAUUUAAAUUCAAAUAGUACGACUUUUAUGUGUACAUAUUUAUGUGUAUACAUAUACAUGACUGCUUAAAUUUCAUUAAUUAUACUAGUGAUUACGAUAUCGAGUUUAUUACAAUAGCAAAGCUUGUGGCAAUGGAUAAUGAUGUAAGUGACAUUGUGGCCUGCAUUGCAUAUAUAUGAUACUAGUCAUAGCUUGUUAUCAGAUUGAAAAGAUUGUAUGUGUUGUUUAGGACACAUAAUUUAUUGUAUGUGCUAUGAUGUGGAAUAUAUAACGCACAAUAUAUAGCUCAUAAAUUACAUAUUUCCGUUUAAAUGGAUUCGUUUAAGAAUUAUAUAAAUGACAGGAUUGAAUAUAAUUACCGAAGGUACAAAAAUGUUAUUCAAAUUGAGCAUUUGUUGAACUUACUGUAUGAUAUCGUACUUCAUAGACACCUGUUGUAACAUUGUGGUAUUAAAAAAUGUGAUUUUUGUACUGUCA